GCGGUUGUCAACUGUCAUGACCUGAGACACGCUUUAAUCUCGUUCUUCACUCUACUCUUCUCCUUCCCAUGCAAAAUAUUGAGCCGAUAGCAGCUCAGGCGCAGAGCACACUACGGAGACGGAUGCACGUGCUGGAAACUGCUCACAGAAAGUCUACAGAGGAAAGCUCUCGAAGAGAAGGAAGCCGUUCAGAGGAUCCUAUUCUAUCUCAUACGGACUACGAAUCUGGCUCAGGCUCUGAGGAAUCUUCUGAUGACCAGAUUCCUCAGGAUGUAGAUUCCCCAGGGCAGGGAGGCGAGGAGACUCAGAGCAUACAACCCCCAGGGCCAAGCUCAGAGGAUCAGAAAAACAUAGAGCCCAGACCCGCCAUUCCUUCUUAUUCGCUCCCCAAUGAUCGCUCCUGGUACCAAUUUGAUCUCACCGUCGUAGCUGCACUGGUUUCACCUAUUGGAAAUUGGCUCACUGGCGGCGACCAUGUUAAAAAUGUGCUCCUUGUCUCAUUUCUCCUGUUCUAUCUUCACCAGAUAAUUGAAGUGCCAUGGUCACUGUACCAUAACGCUCGUCCUAGACAGCGGCCUCCUCAUAUUCGUUCGACUCAAACGUCUGCGGAAGCCCGUUACAGAGCCCUGGCAUCUUCUGAGCUCCGAAAGUUCGAGUUUCUCCUCUUGACAUUCGCCAUCUUAUCACCGUUCAUCGGUGCCUAUCUCGUUCAGCGCGUAUCGUCUGCUGUGUUAGGCGACAACACGUUCUCCUGGUUCAGCAUCUCCUUAUUCGUGCUUGCUACAGGUGUUCGUCCCUGGAGCCACGUCGUUGAACGCAUUUCCGGGCGUAUUACGGACUUGCACGAUAUCGUGCAUUACCCCGCUCAUCACCCAUCUAACAACAGCGACUUUCGGACUGAAUUGGACGAACUUCGCAAACAAUACCAACAGCUAACCUUAACCAUCGAACGUAUUCAUCAGAAGAACUCGACCAGUACACAAGAGAUGUACGAUUACAUUGAUGAUGCAUUAGAUGUUGUUGAGAAGACCGUGAAGAGGCAAGAGAAGAAAUACGAGAAACAGGAAGGCAAAUAUAAGGAUUUGGAGACGGCGCUCGAUACUCUAGAAAGGAAGAACAGACCGAAACCCCCGGCGCUGGUCGUGAACAAUGAUGCAUAUGCUCCGCCCUCUUUGUUGGAACGCCUCUCACUGCUUUUUCCCGUUUUCCCUCUAUGGCUCCUCUUUCAUUCCCCUUCGAAGAAGAGUGCCUCUGAAGGUCGAACGUCGCCCUCGUCCACAGUCACUCGGUACUCUGUUCGAUCACUAUCGUCCCCUGAGGGGCUGGAGACCAUCGUGGAGGAGAGUGGGACACCUGACAGCGAGAUCUCCUUUAUGAAUUUCCCCGCCAAGUUGUUCCUUCGAUUUGCGUAUUUUGCUACCUUUCCGCUCCGAUCCCUCUCCAGAAUGAUUUUAGGAUAUUCGUGAACCCUCUUUUCGUGCAUUCAUGGUAUUAGUGGACUCUCCUCGCUUCUGUAAUUAUAUGUAUGUAUGGUGUACAUAAUGAUCUUGGCCGCUGUACGUAUGUUCAAUACGUUUGUUAUUCGCUCGCAUAGUACGUAUCAUGUAUGUAUGUCCAUGCAAGCGACAUACGAGUUAUGAUAAGUA